UGGGAAAGUGAGAAAUUCUUUCUGAAUGAGGGCAAUUUAGAUAAGACAAAUACAGAAAAUUUUAACCUUACCUCUAAAAGUAAAGUAUAUUUUUCUUUUAUUGUAGGACAGAGAUUCUAACCAAGAGGAUGACUAACGGUGGCUUUGUAUACCGUGGAAUCAAUGCUCUGCAGGCCAAAAUCAACCUCAUUGAAAGAUUGUAUGAAAUAAACGUGGAAGACGCUAAUGAAAUAGAUUGGGAGGAUCUUGCUAGUGCCAUAGGUGAUGUACCUCCAUCUUUCGUUCAAACUAAAUUUUAUAAGCUGAAAGCAGCCUGCGUUCCCUUUUGGCAGAAAAAGACUUUUCCAGAGAUCAUCGAUUACCUUUAUGAGACUAGUCUGCCAUUGCUUAAAGAAAAGUUAAAAAAGAAGAUGGAGAAAAAGGGCACCAAAGUCCAAACUCCUGCAGCACCCAAGCGAGUUUUCCUGUUCAAAGACAUCUUUUAUUGUGAAGACGACGACAGUGAGGGAGAAGACAUGGAAGAACAGAGUUGAGCAGAGGUUACAAUUCCCAGUCCUUUUGGUUGGGCCAAAUACGUGUGUUAGUGUGUGAGUCAGCUUUCCAUCACUGUAACAAAAUACCUGAGACGAGAAUGUCUGACAGUGAGCAAGGCCCACAGUUUAGGGAGAUCCCUGUCGGAUGGGUUGGCUCCUUUGCAUCCAGCAUGUCCCAAGGUAGUGCAUGGCCCAUCAGGCGGCAGAGAAAAACCACUCAACUUAUGGCCAGGAGAGGAGAGACUGGGGAAGGGGGCUGGGUCCCACAAUCCCCUCCAAGUCCCCUCCCCACCUCUGACCUCCCAGGAGGCCCCACCUUUGAAAGGCUCCACCAUCCCAGGGACCAGGCCUCUGCCACCUGGUUCCUUUCCAAAUUGUACCAGUCAAUAAAGCUCUUUCGGUAAUGAUGUUUAUGAAAGAAUGUUUAACAGCCAGAGAGGGAGAUACAAAAUGUUAGCUACCCCACCCCACCCCUCAAUACCCGGGAUCAAACUCAAGACCUUGUGUUUGCAAGGCAGGCCGCAGCGCCACUGAGCCACAUCCCUGGUCCUAAAAUGUUAACUUAUGUUGUGGCACAUUAAAAAUUUAUUAGAGCCAGUGAUUUAAUUCAGUGGUUCUGCUGCCUGCCUCGCAAGCGCAAGGGCUUGAGU